AUUUUGCGUCACUUCCUCGUUGUGAGAUCAGGUAGACUGUGGUCGCCCGAGGCGGUUCCGUUCUUCUAGCGGCGCGCGCAUAUUAUGUACUUCUCGUUAUUUUUGGAGUAAGUCGUCGUUGUAAUUAAAGCCGCCCGGACACUUGUGGAGCAUGGCUUGCGCCGACUCAUCCGUCGACUUGUGGGCGAUUCCUCUGGUUGCUCUGAAUAUGACGGUGAGGAAAAAGUUAGGACUCUACCUCAACCCCAAAACCACGGUGGCGGCGGACUGGAUGGCUGUUGCGGAGGCCAUGGACUUCACUUACCUGGAAAUCAAGAACUAUGACAGCUCUGAGAACCCCACCAGAAAAGUUCUGGAGGACUGGCAGUCGCGGUCGACGGACGCGACGGUGGGGAAGCUGCUGUCCAUCCUGAGCAACGUGGAGAGAAAUGACAUAGUGGAGGAUCUGCGAGCGUUGAUAGAUGAGGAUGUCAGAAAGUACUGUGAGAAUCAGAAGAAGUCAUCCGAGCCCCCUGUUCAGGUGCCUGAGGUUGACAGCUGUGUCGCGCGCUCCCUCGAGAGGUGUGCUCUCACCCGGGAGGAUGACCCCGAAGGUGCCCCUGAGCUGUUUGAUGCCUUCAUCUGCUACUGCCAGAGUGACUUUGACUUUGUGCAUGAGAUGAUCCAGCAGCUGGAGCAAACCCAGUACAACCUGAAACUGUGCGUGUUUGACAGAGACGUCCUCCCAGGCUCCUGCAUAUGGACCAUCACUAGUGAGCUGAUUGAGAAGAGGUGCAAGCGGAUGGUAGUGGUGAUUUCUGAUGAAUAUCUUGACAGCGACGAAUGUGACUUUCAGACCAAGUUUGCUCUCAGUCUCUGUCCUGGAGCCCGCAGUAAACGGCUUAUCCCAGUGGUGUACAAAACUAUGUCAAAGAAAUACCCCAGCAUCUUACGCUUUCUAACUAAGUGUGACUACACACGGCCUUGCACACAGACGUGGUUCUGGGUACGACUGGCCAAAGCUCUUUCACAGCCCUAAUUAUGGACCAAUUUGCAAUGAGUGUGUAGAUUCCAUCUAAUAGAUGUUUCUUGGACAUUGGUUAAAAAGUACAGUACAGGUUGAAUGAUCUGCUGAAGCUUGUGAUCCAUUUUCUGUUCCCACCUCAUUCCAGCUGUGGCAUGGCACACAUUUCUAUAUCAUUUCUGUAGUAUGAAACACAAGUUGUAAAUGUUUUGAUUGCACACAGCCACUAUUUAUGUACAUUUAUUAAAUCAAGACUGUUUUGUGUCUGUCCGGACGCGCCUAUAAAAGUGUUGUAUUUAUGCGAGUUAUAUUAGUACAGUAGGACGUGUUCCUCUUUGGGCCUCAAGCACUAAGUGUUCUGUAGAGGCUUGAGCUGGCCACUUCCUCUUUCAAGCCAGCUUCUAGAUUAGACUGAAGAUACAUAUUACAUUCAAGAUUUACUGACUGCAAAACAUUUUUGUCUCACUUUUUUAUGACUUCUUUACUAUCUUUUUUACUGUAAUUAAAAAAUAAAAGCAUCCAUUGUUGAUGAAAUUGUUUAAAUAUUGUUUCUUAAUAAAAUCAAUCAAAUAUA